CGGUCGUUCGUUCGCCGUUACCGUUUCCACCGGCACCAUGCGUUUGAUCCUACUUCCCGCACUUGUCUUGACGGCGAGCGUCAAGUUGAUAGGCAAUGCAGAAGAGAUUUGGCAGCAGGAUCUGUCUAAGGACAUGCGGAUAGGCGCGUCCGCCGAGGGCUACGAUCGCGUGGGGCUGCGAUGCGGCGCCGAAAGAAUGACCGUCGAGCUCAAAACUACAGAGGAUUUUUCAGGAGUGAUCUACACGCAGGGUAGCUUUUAUUCCCGAGAACCGUCCUGCUUCCUCGAUCCGGUUCGCGGUAGAAGUUUCACCAUGAGCAUUCCUUUGAACAAAUGCGACACUGAAAGAGACGGUGACAAAUUCAGCAACGUCGUGGUGAUUCAGCACGACGAUGAGUUGUUAACACCAGGCGACGCCGCUUUUACGUUAGAAUGCGACUUCUCGAGGCCACGUGAUCUUACAGUAACAGCGGAUCUUAAUGGGAGUAAGAAGAGGCCGACUAAAUCGAGUAUAGCUCUCAUCGACGCCGAUCCGGGAAGUGACAGAAAAAAGAGGUCGGCAUACGUGGAAAGCUACGGGGACGAAGUUGCCUUCGUGCCGGUGCAAGCAUAUCAAUAAGAAGAACGUCGAGGGUGCCGUUUUUAUUAAAUCUUAUACCGGCGAACACCCUCGAUUCUACGUGGAACACGCAUUCUACGCAUUCUACGCUCAUAAAUUUAUUGUUGUUGUUUAUAUAUUUAAUUUUCGUUGUCUAAAUAAAUUAUGUAA